AUGGAUUCGGACAUGUACCAGCGGUAUAAGACAGGUACCAGGUACGUGGUCCAGUAUCUUGCGACACAGCCCCCAGACAUCGACUUCCUCCGAACUUCUUUCGACAGACGGGUCGCGCUGACCAUAGAAGCCGAGGCUGCCAGCACCAGUCGGCGACCGAGCGACAUUCGGAGUGCCAUCACAGUAUUCCAAAGUGUGUUGCAGGACCGUCGAGAGUGCGCCGCGUUCUAUCAAAGCAUUCGGAACAAAGACCUCCACAUUGCGGAGAGUGACCUUGGCCAUCAGCAGUUCAUUGUUGUGCUGACCACGGUCCUCGAUCGCCUACAGCGAGCGAACAAAGUAGAACCUGAUGAGCAACAUCCCAUUGCAAGUUCACCUCGUCCGAGUGAGGCAAGCCUGCGCAACGCCUUCGAGACUCUGGUUAGCAGUGAACAUGACGACCUUGUGGCAGAUACUGGUCCAGCCGACCGCGAUGCCACCCCAUCAUCUAGUGCACCGGGUCUGUCUUCUAGGCGUGGCAGUAAUAUCAUUGCUGAGCUAGAAGAUCCCAUUGACGACAAGGCCUUCACGCUCUACUGCUACUUGGAGGGAUGCACUUCCGCUCGAAGAAAGCUUCGGAAGACAUGGCUGGAGUACCUGAACGGCAGCAUCACUCUUGAGCACGCAUCACUCCUCACAGAAGCUGCUAUCGAUGUCUUGCAGUCAUCCGCAAGUGAUAUUACGCUGCGAAUGCCAGAGUUCGACGACUUCGAUGCAGUUGCGGACUUCUUACAGAUGAGAGCAGUUGUUGCACCUGAGACGAUGUUCAAACCGGACAAGAGCAUCUUCCGGUACUCUGUCUGUGAGAUUCAGGCCUUACCGGUCGAUGAUAACCGGUGA